GGGGGGACUAGGCGGAGCCGGGUUCUAGAAGCCCCUUGUGUGAAGUCACAGGAAUCUGGCCCCAGGCCCCCAUGGCCCGCGGGCUUCUUCAGCUCCUCAUGGGUCUGAGCUUUGGGCUGGGUCUGGCGCCCCGCGCUUAUGCCUGCCUGCAGUGUGAGGCCCCUUUUCGACACGCCCUGGCCAAGGCCCGAAUGCGCCUCAUGGCCCAGAACUUCCGCAAUGAGCGGCUGCGGGCCCGGGCUCAGGCCCUGCUGCUGGGCAUGGAAGGAGAAUUCUUUGCCAACUACGCCACCCGUGCUUAUAUGGGGAGAGUGGGACUUGGCCAGCUCUCCCCAGUGGUGGCUCUAGCCCAGAAGAAGAUCCAGGAAAUCCAGGAGACCUACCUGACAGAUGGGCCACUGCUGGACCAGCUGGUGAGAGUCCGGGGGGAGCUGAUGAAGUCGCUGAAGAGGGCUCUGAAAGAGCAUCAGCAAAAAGCCUGCGACCCCAACGCUUGCCACCAUCUGGGCAACCAGGUCCUUGAUUGUCUGCACUGUAACCGCAUCUACGCCCGAUGUCUGAAUCCGACCAUAUGCUUCGCGGACCGACAGCCGCGUCUUGCCCUUCGCUACGAACUCCAGGGAAUCCCAGUGAGGGACCGGAUCCGGAAAGCCAGGAUCAUCGUGGUGUGCCUGGGACUCAUCACUUUCGGGGUCCUCGCAGUCACGAGAAUAGAAGCAUCUCGAGUGCAAGGAUUCUUCUUUUUCAUCUAGGUUCCUCUAACACGUAACACGGAAACAUGUGCGAGCAACACGCCAAGCUUCUCCCAGCUCUUGGGAACUCCCUAGACUCUACAUUCUGAGUUCUUGGCUCCCUUCCAGUUCCAAGGACCCUUCCAGCCUUGGCAUUUCAUGCUCUAAGCCCCCCUAGGACCGAUAUUCUCUUAUUGAGGUUCCUUCCAUCCCGGACAUUCUGUGUUUUAAGGUUUCUUCUGGCUCCGACCUUCCAUGUGAUAAUGAGCUUACUUGGGAUCUUGUAAAACUUAAUCAAAAGGCCUUUCAAAUGACAAGGAUGGGGAGGAGGAAAACUGCCUUUGCAAAUUCUCCAGAUCGCAGACCCUACCGCGCAGGGGGAAGAGUGGUGGAGACACGGAAAUUAACAACAGACGAAACCUAAGAAAGGGGCUGAAAGUCCACGCUAUGGCCUUCGGUGUCUAAUGCAAAUGUCCGGAUUAGCAGGGAGCCAGGCAGACCUCGUCAUGAGGAGCUGGCAUGCAUCUGACUUCUUGAUGACUCUGAGGAAUAGUGGGAGGAGAUCCAGGAUGGGCAAACAGUUCUGAAAGGGCGACUCUUGUUCCAAAGGGCCAAAACAGGGCUAAGGAGCGUGGAGAAGAGAUGGAUGUGUGAGGAUAUCCAUGGAACCAUGGCGAAGGGUUCUGGGUGAUAAAGACCAUGGACAAAGGCACAAGCAGAAGGGGUAUUGCCUUUGGUGUGUACGAUGGAUCACCCAGACAGGACAAAAAUGUAUGAAUUUGUGAACUGGAUUACAUUUCUAGCCCUGAGCAGGGAGCCUUGAAUCGGCUGGAAGGCUGCAGAAGCUCUUUUGGCCAACGCGGAGCAGCUGAGGGUUUCCUGGUCUUGCCUUUCAGAUCAUUUUAUCUUCCCAAAGAUGGAACGGUCACAGAGGGGGAAUUCUGUUCUGGACCUGGUUUCUAGCCACAAUGCGGACUAAUACCAGUAUGGGGCAAAUAUGCAAAAGGGACGUUUACAGGCACUUGCCCGAAGCACCCAGAGAUCAAGCAACUGACCCCGCCUCCACGCCCUGAGCUUGCUUGUUUAGUAUGACGAAAGCCGUAGCUAAUUCCGAUUUAGUUGUGAUCCUGGGAUCUUUGCUUUUCUGGGCAAGCAAUGCCUUUUUUGGUUCCUCCAUAAAAAGACAGUGUGUAUCUAUCACUAUGCUAAUGAUUCGGCAAGGGAGUCUAAUUAGAGCGCAAUAGCUGAAUUGUCUACCACGUAACGGUCUCCUCUGAGCCUCCAGCCCGGGACUUAAUUGGCCAAUUAUCUAUUUUCUGAUAUCCCUGCUGAGCAUUGCCUUUUCCCGAUAGACUGCAGUACCCUCACUGGCCGCCAGAAGGGGCUCAGCCUUCAAAGCCUAGCCUGCUCCUCGGUGGCCAAGCCCAGUCCGGUAACAAGGGCGCUAAAGUCGCUUUGGGGAAAUGCUCCCUUGCUGCCCAGGUCCCAGAUAAAUCUAGGAGGUGGAAUGAAAUAGGGCUCCCGAAAGAUUAAAUUUAAUAAUCUGCUCACCCCAGCACAGCCCGGAGGCCCCCCGGUCAUUUAGCAGGGCAUUAGCAGCCAUGGAGUAAGGUGAAAAGGGAACUCGAUCACGUACUCUUCCUUGUAGUCAUUUGACUCCAGCUCUCUGCAAGUCCCCCUCCUAUUUUUUUCUCAGAUCAUUAAAGGGAGACAGAAUAUAAUCUUGACCACGCCCCCUCCGUAGUUUGCUGAAAGGAAUGGGUAGAAGGGGGUGCAAGCUCCAUCCCAGACUCAUGGACUAAAGAAUGAAAUCAUGGAAGGCAGUGGGACCUUUGACUCCCUGUCUUGGGAUCAUGGAUUAAGAGGGCAAAACAGCUUCCCUCAGCUCACCAGGUGAGGGAUCAUCGGCCAGGUUUCCAGCUAGUGCUGCUGGCCCAAUCCCCAUGUGGUUGCUGGUCAUCCAGCCUCUCCUAGAACGGCAAGGUCAGUGGCAGGAAGAUUGGAAGGGAAAAGGGGAGCCAAAGCAUACGGAUCAUUUCUCCAGGUCUUAUCUUCUGACUUCUGAUCUCAGCCCUGAGAUCAGAUCCCUUCCCGGGAUUUGUGAGAUACUUUACAUGUAUGGUUUCUUGUGACUUUACAAUAACCCUUUGAAGCAAGUCAUACUUCAUCAUCCAGAUGAGGAAACUGGAGCUAGUACUAUUAGAAACAGAACAGUCUUCCUGACUCCAAGAUGAAAAUUCUAUUAGGCCUUACUGCCGUUACUAAAACUAAGUUGCUGAGCUGGAAGCGUCAGGUAUCUUGACUAGAAGUGAUUGUUCCAUUUUUAGAACUGUGUCUGGGAGGUAAGUCAGGCCUGAUCUGAAGUGUGUUCUCUAUCUUGGGAUAGCAGAUUUCCCAGGGCUCAGAGAAUGUGUAGGAAAGAUCCUCCAGCCUAAGAUUUUAUUUUUAUUUAUUUGUUUGUUUGUUUGCUUGUUUGUUUAUUUUUGUGGAGGCAACUGGAUUUAAGUGACUUGGCCAGGAUCACACAGCUAGGAAGUGUUAAGUAAGUGUCUGAGGCUAGAUUUGAAUUGCACCAACUAGCUGUUACAACCUAAAAGUUUAUUUUAUUUUUAUUUUAUAAUAACUUUAUAUCGACAGAAUCCAUGCCAGGGUAAUUUUUUUUUUUUUACAACAUUAUACCUUGCACUCACUUCUGUUCUGAUUUUUCCCCUCCCUCCCUCCACCCCCUCCCCUAGAUGGCAAGCAGUCCUAUAUGUUAGAUAUGUUGCAGUAUAUCCUAGAUACAAUAUAUGUUUGUAGAACCAAACAGUUCUCUUGUUGCACAGGGAGAAUUGGAUUCAGAAGGUAAAAAUAACCCGGGGAGAAAAACAAAAAUGCUAAUAGUUUACAUUCAUUUCCCAGUGUUCUUUCUUUGGGUGUAGCUGCUUCUGUCCAUUUAUCCAUUGAAACUGGGUUAGAUCUCUUUGGCAAAGAAAUCCACUUCCAUCAGAACACAUCCUCAUACAAUAUUGUUGUUGAAGUGUAUAAUGAUCUCCUGGUUCUGCUCAUUUCACUCAGCAUCAGUUCAUGUAAGUCUCUCCAGACCUCUCUGUAUUCAUCCUGUUGGUCAUUUCUUACAAAACAAUAUCCCAUAACAUUCAUAGACCACAAUUUACCCAGCCAUUCUCCAAUUGAUGGGCAUGCAUUCAAUUUCCAGUUUCUAGCCACUACAGACAGGGCUGCCACAAACAUUUUGGCACAUACAGGUCCCUUUCCCUUCUUUAGUAUCUCUUUGGGGUAUAAGCCCAGUAGUGGCACUGCUGGAUCAAAGGGUAUGCACAGUUUGAUAACUUUUGGGGCAUAAUUUCAGAUUGCUCUCCAGAAUGGUUGGAUUCGUUCACAACUCCACCAACAAUGCAUCAGUGUCCCAGUUUUCCCAUAUCCCCUGCAACAUUCAUCAUUAUUUUUUCCUGUCAUCUUAGCCAAUCUGACAGGUGUGUAGUGGUCUCUGAGUACAACCUAAAAUUUUAACAGGAAAACCUGGCCAAAGGAGAUGUGAAUGAAAUCCUGAGGACAUAUAGAGAAACUAUUUAAUUUAGGAGGAAAAGUAGUGGUGGUGGUGGGUGUACACUUAGCCCAGCGCCUGGGCUAAGCACAGCAGGUGCUUAAUAAAUGUUUAUUGAUUAACGGA